AUGCACUUGGCACUUACACGAGCAACAGCCCUCGCCCUGGCCGCUACCGUGGUCGCAGAUCCAAAUAUUGUUGGCCGUGACUCCAAAACCAAAUCCUCAUAUCACGAUGGCGCAGGAGUCCUUCAAUAUGUCAAUCCACUCAUUGGCACGCGAGGCAUUGUGCCUGACAGCAACGGCGGUAUGAUUCCAUCGGUCUGUCCGCCCUUCGGAAUGACAAGAUGGACGCCACAAACGCGAGAAAACUACAUCUCGCAAGUGCCGUAUUCUGACCUCGAUCGCCGAAUACACGGAUUCCAGGCAACUCAUCAACCGGCUAUUUGGAUGGGCGAGCAAGGUCAAAUGGCAUUGGCCCCAGGAUGGCUACGGGCCGGCGAUAGCAUUCGCACACAGUUCCAAAAACGGGGCCUUGCAUUUCGGAAAUCAGACGAGAAGAGUACUCCUUACGUCUAUGAAGUCCUCGUAGAUGCAGACUCCGUAGGCGAUUUCAACUGGAAUUUAACGGAGCAAUGGGCCCACGAAGAGUUUGGUGCUGGCUGCCCUCCUUGUCCUGGCGGUGCAGGUACAGUUCCGGAUGCUGUGAAAGAAGGCUCUAAUGGACGUGUGAGGAAGCGUGAUUACACGAAUUGGUUUGAUGCGUUCGAGGAAAGGGAUGUUGAUGAAUCAGCGGCGUCAAACUCCUCGGAUUCAAAUACCGGAGAAUACGAACACGCUAUCAAGGUAGCAAUGUCUGCAACAUCUCAUGUUGGACACGUCCGAUUCGACUUCCAAGAUGCCUCGAAAUCCAAGACACGCCCUCAACCAUAUGUCGUGGUUCAAGCUACCCGUCUCAACUGGACUGGUCAUGUGGAAAUCGACCCUCACAGGCGUGAAAUCUCCGGCAGUAACACACAGAGACAAGACUAUGCCAUUGGGCCAGACCAACCGAAGAACUUUAGUAGUUUCUUUGUCUCCAGGUUUUCCGCACCGUUUGAGUCCUACGGCACUUCUCAGGGCGCGAAUACCCACAAAGGAGCCAAGAAGCUCAUUGGGAAAGAUGUAGGCGCCUACGUCACGUUUGAUUCUAAACUAGACAGAGUCGAGGUUCGAACAGCAGUGUCAUUUGUCAGUGUUGAGCAAGCCCGCAAAAACCUCGACAUUGAGAUCCCCGAUGGCCAUUCUUUCGAGUCGACAGUGCAGAGAACCAAGGAAGCCUGGUUAAAUAAACUAGGCCGCAUCACGAUCGAAGGAGUCAACAAGACGGACACAGAACACGAUCAACGCACAAUAUUCUACACUGGCCUGUUUCACGCCCUCCAGUACCCCAACGACUUCUCCGAGCCGACAUCCUCCAAGAAAGGUGACAAACGGCUCUUCUACAGCGGCUACACCGAUAGUGUACACGAGGACAACGAUUCCUACUACCAAUCCUGGUCCAUCUGGGACACAUACAGAGCUGAGCACGCUCUCCUCACGUUAUUCGCCCCAGAGCGCGUGAAUUCCAUGAUGCGCUCACUCCUCCGAAUAUUCGACUGGUCCGGCCGCUUACCAAUCUGGGCCAACAUGAUUGAGACGAACAUCAUGAUAGCCACCAACGUAGAUGCCGUGAUAGCAAACGCCCUCGUCCGCGGCUUCAACGGCUUCGACGUCAAAAAGGCAUGGAAAGCAGUCCACAAAGACGCCUACGUCCCACCGGAAAAGGACACAGAACUCUUGUACUUCGACAGAGAGCCAGAUACGCCGCACGAGGCGCGGGCCGGUCUCACGAGCUACCUCGAGCACGGGUGGGUUGACAACGACAGAUGGGCCGAAGCAGCGAGCCGGACCCUCGAUUACUCUCUAAACGACUAUGCUGCCGCCGUGGUGGCCACGUAUGCGGGCGACCACGCCUCUGCGAAGGAACUCAUGGUCCGGAGCCGCAAUUACAUGAACAUAUGGAACAACGAGACGCAGUUUAUGCAGACGCGUAAUUCUAACGGAUCGUUUGCAAGGGACGACUGGGGGUGGACGGAGGGCGAUAAGUGGGUGUAUACGUUUGAUGUUAUGCACGAUGCUGGCGGUUUAGCGUCUCUGUUUGAGGGCGGCAAGGCAGGCAUGAAGGUUAAGCUGGAUGAGCACUUCUCGGGCGGUCACAAUAUGCAUAGCAAUGAGCCGUCUCACCAUGUGCCGUAUUUGUACUCGGCGAUUGGGUACCCCAUGAGUUCGGCAGAGACGGUCCGCGAGAUUGCGUGGACGGAAUACAAUAAUACUGCUGCAGGGUUGAGUGGGAAUGAGGACCUGGGACAAAUGAGUGCGUGGUAUGUCUUCUCUGCGCUGGGGUUUUAUCCUUUGAAUCCUGCGAGCGACGAGUACGUCGUGGGGACGCCGUUCUUCGACAAGGUUGAGAUUCGGCUGCCUACGAUUUCGGGCUCGAGGGAGCAUGGACUUGUGAUUUCGGCACCUGGGGCGGGAACGCAAGGAAAGGCAUACGUUAAGAGUCUCAAGGUUGAUGGGAAAAUGGUUGAGAAGCCACUUCUGAAACACAAGGAUAUUGUAAACGCGAGAAGGAUUGAGUUUGAGAUGAGCUCUGAGCCGACGGAUUGGGGAAAGAAAGGAACGGUGUAG